AUGUCGGAGCCAUCUCCGGAACUUGUCCCUGCGGCCACUUCCGGACCCGAAAGUUUGCUGUGCCGGGCUGCCCCCCAGGUGAUGCUGCUGCCUCCCCGGCCGCCCACCCUUCGCUCCUCUCCAGAGGCCAUGGACCCUCCGCCCACCCUCCAGUCCUCCCCUGAAGCCAUGGACCCGCCGCCCUCCCAGGUUGACCCUCUGCCCCCGCAGGUUGACCCGCCACCCGCCGCGUCCUCCCCGCCGCACUACUACCUGCUCAUCGACACGCACGGUGUGCCCUACAAGUACACGGCGCAGCGGAAGGAGGGGCGAAGGCCACCGGCAGAGGAGCCCGCCCCCGGCGACGGGGAAGAGGAGGGCCGCAGCUGCCCCUGCCACGAGUGCGGCCGCGUGUGCAGCUCUCCCAUGCAGCUGCAGGGCCACCUCUUGACGCACUCCAUGGUCAGGCCCUUCACGUGUGACACCUGUGACCGGGCCUUCAAGCGCUCCAGCGACCUGGCCCGCCACCGGCGCAUGGCGCACAACACCGUGCGCCGCACCGGCACCGACCGCCCCUACGUCUGCCCGUACUGCCCGCGCCGCUUCCAGGACACCGCAACGCUGGCGGAGCAUGUGCCCACGCACUAG